AUGUACGGGAAGGAAGAACAGAACGUAAUGCUUGUGCCUACGUUCGGUUCUUCCUCCGCCGGCAGACGUCUUGCAUCCAUGCAUGAGAUCAUCCGCCACAUCGUCCUCCUCUUGUUCCGGGAUAUCACGUCGCCAUUUAUCGCUCAUGAUGCUCCGUACACUCCGUUCGCCGAUCCUACUCCUCUAUUGACUGCAUUGCUCUCCGUCUCUCGGGCCUUUCGCGAGAUAGCACUCAAGGAAAGACGGCUUUGGGGUCUCAUUCAUGCUGAAUGGGCAAACUCUCAACGUCAGCUUUGGCUCAAACGGAACGUAUCAGGAUUCUCCGAGCCUACUGCGGCCAUCUUCCCUCUAGACAUCCGAGGUUGCAUCACACCCACUUUCGAACCUUCUCGACAUGGUCAUAUUCUCGAUUUUUGGAAUCUUCAUGAAGCGAUACCGCGAUGGAGAUCGUUCCAUAUUCAGAAUGCGUCGAGGACACCCUUUUGGGGGUUGAUCACGAACGCGUUGAGCAUCCAACUUCCAAAGUUGCAAUCUCUUUCACUCGAGACGAGUCCUGUGGAAGCGACGUAUAGGUUCGAUACGAUCGCGUACGAAUCGAACCAAUACCCUGAAUUGAGGUCGUUACGGUUACGAGGCGCGACGAUCAUCAAUUUCAAGGGGAUAUGUUCGUGCAAGAAAUUGAAACGGAUCGAACUCAAUACGAUCAGGUUCGAGAGCGCGAACGACCUCGUUUCGUUGUUUUCGCCUUCGAGAAGGAUCGUCACCAUUGUGGAUUGUCUGACGUUGGGACCUCUCACGGCUCAUUAUGAACCUGUGAGACAUCCAUCUCCUGAUCAGGCUGCUUCGAUGGACGCUACGAGUGGUGCUGGUGCUGGUGGUGCUGGUGGUGGUAGGGGCAGAGGUGUGUCCCUAUUGUCGAGGAGGGAUGAAUCAUCUUCAUCGUCGUCCGAGCAUACGGAUGAUCUACCAGAGUCGUUAGCUUCGGAUGCUUCUUCUUCGUCAUCGUCAUCGGCGUCUUCCGAGGCGUCUUCAUCGUCGUCUUCAUCAACAACAUCAUCAUCAUCAUCACCUUCUGAUGAUUAUCCCACUUCUGACUUGCGCACGCUAGUUCUUGGGAGGAACGUUACGCUUGAGGUUCAGCAUUUGUCGCUGCAUUAUACUCAUCUUCCGCAUCUACGCACUCUCUAUUUCACUCAGUCUUCGAUUCGAUCUUCCCCACGACUUCAUACACUCGGCUUCGAGGGUCAGAUACCUUUCUUAUCGAAUGUGCUCAAAAGAAGCAUCUUGCAAUUGGAAGAUCAUCCUCCGCCGAUAAAGUCUUUAUACCUCAUCAUCGUUCAAUCCCCGGAAGACACUGUUACUACUGAAUCACCACAACCCUUACCAUUAUCAUCAUUUCUACCCUUCGCUCCCACUCAAUCGCUCCUACCUCCCCCGCCUCCCUCACAUUCACCCCCACCUGCAUCUUCCCCAAUACCCCCCUUAUCUCAACAACUACCACCGCUAAGCCUGACCCCACAGCAACAACAACAGGAAGAGGAUGCGUUGAUCGCCACCGUCGACUCCGUUGUCGAGAAGGUGCAGCGGACGAUCAAGUAUUUGUACGUUCGAAGCGAUCCACCUGUUUCGAACGUGGAAGUGGACUUGAUCGAUCAUUUGUUGAGGCGGGAUGGGGAUGGGAGUGGAAGUGGCAGGUUUGAGAUGAACAGGAGUGCUGAUGUGGUUAGUCCGGAGGAACGGGAAAGGGAACGGGAAGAGUUGGAGCAGGAACAGGAGCUGGAGGAUUUGGAUGAGGAGCGGGAGGAGGAGGGUGAGGGCGAUGUAGCGGGGACGAUGACGACGACGUCAGUGGCAGCGGCGGCAGCGGCGGCAGCAGCAGCAGCAGCUCCUGUGACACGGAGAUUGGAGAUCAGGACGGCGAGGUUCACGGUAUGA